UCUCUCUACAUCGAUCUCCAACCUCUCCUCACCUUCCUCAACUUUUCUUUCUUCGCCCUUUAUAUAUAUAUAUCUAAUCUCCAACGUCCUCAGUUCCUCUCUUAUCAUUCUCUUUGGAGCCCCACAAAUGGAAGGCCAAGAAGCGCCACCACCACCUCCUCCACCUCCACCAUUACCACAAUUGCCAGCCUAUCUCUUCUCACCCUCAUACCCUUCCUCAUCAUUGCACCCUCCCUUUAUAGAGCCUCAGGUCCUUCCAGAUAUCGACUGGGUUGGCCUUCUCUGGGGUCAAUCCGGCGUAGGAGAGAAUAGGGCACCAAUGAUGGAAAGCGCUUCUGCGGUAACUGGGGAAGAAAAGGGUAACAAGGAUAGGAGAAAAAGUGGCCGAAUGAUGAAGAAACAGAGUCGGCCAAGGUUUGCUUUCAAAACGAGGAGUGCAGAUGAUAUUCUUGAUGAUGGCUACCGCUGGAGAAAAUAUGGCCAGAAAGCUGUGAAAAAUAGCGCAUAUCCCAGGAGUUACUAUCGCUGCACCUAUCAUACAUGCAACGUCAAGAAGCAAGUUCAAAGGCUCUCCAAGGACACUAGCAUUGUAGUCACGACUUAUGAGGGAAUCCAUAACCAUCCUUGUGAGAAGCUCAUGCAAGCUUUAACUCCUCUUCUCAAACAGAUGCAGUUUCUCGCUAACUUCUAAGUUCAUUCUCAGCUGUAAUUAAUGUUCAAGAACGAAUCAAAUGCAGAAGCUUAAUGAUUCUGUUCUCGGCAUACUGUAGUUAUACAUGUAAUUCCUGUAAUUAUUAGAUGCAUACGGUCAAUAUUGACAACUUGUAUAUAUUAUGGACUAGAUAAUCUGUCAAAACGGUAAAAUCAAUAAACUUCUGUAUCCGAAUUUAAAGAAAACUUACAAUCUUCAUAUUUUAACUCA